GACAACCUUUCGUUCAUUACAGAGCUGCAUUCGAAUCCAAAACAAAUGAGUAAACAAAUACCACUGUAUGUCCGGGCGUACGGGGCCGCGUGUUCCAUAAUUCACCCCGCGACCCCCUACCACAUCUCCGUGGCGUACCUCAACCGUCUCACCUUCAUCCUUCUUGUGUUCACCACCCUCACAAGCUUAGCCCUCGUCUCCGCCACCGCCGCCAUAUCCCGCCGCUCCAACAACAACAACACCAACAACAACGCCACGAUCACAGCCCUGACCAUCGCCUACCUGACCGUCGUCCCCCUCAUCGCCAUCCUCGUCCUCUUCCUCUACACCCGCAUCAUCUUCUUCAAGAGACACCCCGCCCGUUCCCCUAGCAUCCGCUACGCCGAGCCACACACCGAGUACCACGAGGACCAUUAUGAGUAUGGUAGCCGGGAGGAGCAGGAGGAGGAGGAGGGGACUGCGGAGGGCUUUACAGAAGCCCCGAGUCCGCAGGUGGGCAUGGCGGGGCUGCGAAACACCGGGUUCGAGGAUUUCGAAGCGCGGCCCUCUCAGACGUUUCCCUCAGGCUACCCGGUCCCCUCGCCCGCCGACUCGUAUCGCAGGCGCGCAUACAGGGCGGCGGCGGCGGCAGUGUAUGAGGAGGAGGAGGAGGAGGACGAUGGUGAGGAUGGUGUCGCGGCGCUGGAGAUGUACGGGCCGCUGGCGAAGCUAGCCGGCGGCGCGAUGCGGGGCGCCUACCCUCAGGGGCCGGGCGCGGCGCAGACGUUCCCCUUCUCGUCCGAGGAUCUAGAGUUGGCGGAUGAAGGCGUUUAUGACAGCAGAGGCGGUGCCCGGUUCGGGAGGGGCGUGCCGUCGCGCUACGAAGUGCGCCGGUACCCGGAGUACACGGAGAACACGGUCGCUCGGCAGGGCAGCAUGAAAGGUGUUGUUCAAAGCCCGACGAGCGCUUUCGGUCCGAGUCUGGAACGGAUGCCGGAUGGGGCUUGGGGGCUGCCGAGGCGGGACGAGAUACACCAGGACCCGAGGAAUAAAUGAUACCUAGGUCGUUUGCCUAGGUACCUAGGUUAGCUGUGCUUGAAGGUUGGGAAUGCAGGUUGACUAAAACGAGAGAGAGAGCCGUGAAGUCGAAAUACUCAACGCUAAGAGCAUACUGGGUGUACAUUCC